UGCAAAGUCCCAAACAACAGGCUGGGCUCGGGGGCGGGGCCAGCAGGCCGCCGCUUUUCCCUGCCCCGCGCAGGCUCCCAGGAGGCUGAGGUCAGAGGCUGCCUGUAGGGUGUCCGACCACAGCUCUGUGCUGACUGAGAGCCCGCAGUCUGUGGGAAUAGCACUUGACUCCCGACACCAAGGGCCUUGAGCAGAAUGGAGCUGAAAUGGGAUGGGACAGAGCGCAUGACUGUGGACUAUGUGAAGGGAAUCCUGCAACCCACGCCCACCUGCGACAGCUGGGACCAGAUCUGGGACUUCCAGGCCAGGCCCGAUGACCUGCUCAUCUGCACCUACCCUAAAGCAGGGACCACGUGGACUCAGGAGAUAGUGGACUUAAUACAAAAUGAAGGUGAUGUUGACCGAACUCACCGAGCACCUACUCACGUGCGGUUUCCUUUCAUCGAAUGGAUAAUCCAGUCCAUAGGAUCGGGCUUGGAACACGCUAACGCGAUGCCCUCACCACGGACCCUGAAAACACACCUUCCCUUCCAACUGCUGCCUCCGUCUUUCCUGGAGAAAAACUGUAAGAUAAUCUAUAUGGCGAGAAACCCCAAGGACAACCUGGUGUCUUACUACCAUUUCCACAGGAUGAAUAAAGCGCUUCCGGCCCCCGGGACCUGGGAGGAGUAUUUUGAGAGCUUUCUGACUGGGAAAGUGUGCUGGGGCUCAUGGCACGACCACGUGAAAGGAUGGUGGGAAGCCAGAGACCAACACCGCAUCCUCUACCUCUUCUACGAGGACAUGAAGAUGAACCCAAAGCAUGAAAUCCGGAAGCUGGGAGAAUUUAUUGGGAAAAAGCUGGAUGACAGCGUCCUGGAUAAAAUUGUCCAUCACACUUCGUUUGAUGUUAUGAAGCAAAAUCCCAUGGCUAACUACUCGACAGUCCCUGCCAAGGUCAUGGACCACUCGGUGUCUCCGUUCAUGAGGAAAGGGGAGGUCGGAGACUGGAAGAAUCACUUCACCGUGGCUCAGAACGAGAGGUUUGACGAAGACUACCAGCGGAGAAUGGCUGGGACAGGUCUAACUUUCCGCUUCCAGUUCUAGAGAGAGAAAGUGUUCAGUUUAUUACCCAACUCACUGGGCAACAACCCAUAGCAGCUUCAUUCCCAGACCACACAGCAUUGGGCCUAGGUUCUCAGACCAGUUGUUCGUCAUGUUUGUUUUUGUUCACUCGACAAAGAAAAGAUCAGAGUUAGCAGUGAGGGGGGAGGUGGGGAGUGGGAACUGUGGGGAGAAGGUUCAAUAAAAUACUAGUUACAAACAUGGCAUUGGUGCUAAUGAUCAUUCUGCUGAAGCUUACAGAUCAUGUGCUUGUUAACAUUAACAAUGCUCCAGUCCUCACAUAAAAACACACUCGAGUUUUCAGAUUAAGUCUUGGUUAAAGGUAGCGUCUUUUUAUUGAUUGAUUUUAAGAGGGGGGGGGUAGAGAUAAACAUCGAUUUGCUGUUCUACUUAUGUAUCCAUUGUAUGUGCCCUGACUGGGGAUCGAACCUGCAACCUUUGUGUAAUGAAGACAACGCUCUAACCAACUGGGCUGCCUGGCCAGGGCCAAGCUAAAUGUUAAUGCCGCACUGAAAUGUGUGAACAGCGACUAAUUCCAACCAAGGCUUGUCAGCCAGGUACCCCUGGCUUCCCCCUGAAAUCUCCAGUUCACCCCAGGGUUCAGGCUGUAACACCUUCACCCCCAUCUCUCACCACAACCUGGGGACGUGGCUGGACUCGCUUCCCCCACAAGUGCGACCAUUCAGUCCGUCGUGCUGUGACACUGAGUGCCUCCACAGUCGCCUUCUCACACUCAGCACCGCCUGCCGUAUGCCCUCUAUGGCCGUCCCCUCCAUAGCCCCAGGUCAGACCUGUGCCUCCUGCCCAGGGAGUGUGGGCUUCCCGACGGUUUCUCUGCUCAUCACACCUGCCAGGGCUACGCUCCUGCCGGGAAACUCUGAUGGCAUUUCCCCUAGUGCUACGUUCUUCAAUAAUGCGGAAGUUUCCCUCUGAGAGUUGUACCCAAGCUUCUUAGCCAUGAAUUCGGAGGCAGCCAUAACUAUGUUCGAUACCGGUGAUAGCAUCUUCCAAACCGCCUCCCACAGAGCCUGCUCUCACCUGUCAGGCCCUAAACUACUAGUUUCAUUGUUGUGGCGUCUCCACUCCUUCUCUCUGCCCUGCACAUGGGCAGCGUGCCCAGCCCCCGCACCUCAUGCUCCUGAAGAGACCCCUGUCCCUCUGACUCCUCUACACUUGGUAUAAUUUGCCUUUUUAUUAAUAUUAAAGCAUAUUGCGCUGUCA